CGCGGGUCGGGGGCGCGAGCUCAGGCCAACCGCGGCUGUGUGAGCCGCGCGCGACGCGGUGGCGAAGGCGGCGGACUGUACUGGAGGGCACAGUUUUCCCCUCGGUUGGCUGGAGCCCUAAGACCUGGCCCACGGAGACUGGCCCACCAUGUUCUAUGGGACCCACUUCAUCAUGUCUCCACCCACCAAGAGCAAGCUUAAGCGGCAGAGCCAGCUGCUGUCCAGCGUGCUGUCCCGGACACUGAGUUACAAGUAUCGUGACCUUGAUGCCACCUUCUGCAGCCUGGGAGCCAGUGACGACCCUGCAGAGCUGUCUACCCAGCUCUCAGCUCCCGGGGUCCUGAAGGUGUUUGGGGACAGCGUCUGCUCAGGCACCCACUACAAGAGUGUCCUGGCCACUGGCAUGUCCAGUGCCCAGGAGUUGGUCAAAGAGGCCCUGGAACGUUACUCCUUGAGCCCUGACUGUGCCAGCCAGUACGUGUUGUGUGAUGUUGUGGGCCAGGCUGGUGACUCGGGGCGCCAGUGGCGGGCUGAGUGCUUCCGGGUCUUUGGGGAUAAUGAGAAGCCCCUCUUGAUCCAGGAACUGUGGAAACCUCGAGAAGGCUUAUCCCGGAGGUUUGAGCUGAGAAAGAGGUCAGACGUGGAAGAGCUGGCAGCCAAGGAUGUGGACACCAUGACAGCAGGGAUAAACGCCCAAGCUCGGAGGUUGCAGCGGAGCCGCGCCAAGGGAACCCCAGCUCCGGCCUCAGGGGGCGCCCAGAGCUCUCCUCCGCCCCGGCUGCGACGCACCGUCAGCGAGACCAGCCUGAGCCCAGCCACCGCCCUGCCCGACGCUGCCCAGGGUCCGGAGGAGCCCUGCCAGGACACCAUGCGCUACUCCCUCUACGAGUCGCCCCACCUGCUCCUGCUGCAGGGCUACAGCCAGCAGCACGACAGCCUGGUGUACGUGCUCAACCGGGAGCGGCACACGGUGGGCCAGAGGACCCCCUCCAGCAAGCCCAGCAUUAGCCUGUCGGCCCCGGACAUCCUGCCCCUCCACUGCACCAUCCGCAGGCGCCAGGCCUCAGGCAGAGACUCGCGGGGCUGGUUGGUCCUGGAGCCCAUCCCUGGGGCACCCGUCUCCGUCAACUUCUCGGAGGUGGGGCGCGCCGUGGCCCUGCACCACGGGGACUUGCUGUCCCUGGGCCUCUACUACCUGCUGCUGUUCAAGGACCCGGCGGCCCCAUCCCUGCCCGCACAGGCUCUGGCCCGCCUCCGGGCCAUGCCGCAGAGCUGCAGGAUGUGUGGGGCGGCGCUGAGGGCCCGGGGCACCUCCACCUGCACGUGGGCUGCCCUCCCCCGGCCCCGGCAGCUGCACCUGGAGUUUGAGCCCGGCAUGGAGGAUGUGCUGCUGCAGCGGAUCAUGACGCUGGUUGAGCCGAGUGGUGAUGACCACAAGCUGACCCCCGCCUUCCUCCUCUGCCUCUGCGUCCAGCACUCAGCCACCCACCUGGAGCCAGGCUCCUUCGGGCAGCUCCUGCUCAAGAUUGCCAAGGCGAUCCGGGAGACAGUCUGGGAGAAAACCAAAGAGCUGGCGGAGAAGCAGGCGCACCUCCAGGAGCCCAUCUCCCUGGCCAGCAUCUCCAUGGCCGGCCUGGUGCCUGACCUGCAGCACAUUCUCUUCUGGAUGUCCAACUCCGUGGAGCUGCUGUACUUCAUCCAGCAGAAGUGCCCCCUGUACAUGCAGAGCCUGGAGGAGGAGCUGGACGUCACAGGCUCCAAGGAGUCCCUGUUCUCCUGCACCCUCACUGCCAGCGAGGAGGCCAUGGCGGAGCUGGAGGAGGUCAUCCUGUAUGCCUUUCAGCAGUGUGUGUACUACGUCUCGAAGUCCCUGUACGUCUGCCUCCCGGCCCUGCUGGAGUGCCCCCCGUUCCAGGCGGGGCUCCAGGAGAGCUGGUGCUCAGCCCCCCAGCUGCCGGAGGAGCUGCGCCGUGUCGUGUCUGUCUACCAGGUCGCUCUGGACCUCUUGCGGCAGUUCCAGGUGCACCCCGAGAUCGCCUCCCAGGUGCUGGCCUACCUCUUCUUCUUCUCCAGCACUCUGCUCUUCAACCAGCUCCUGGACAAGGGACCCUCCCUGAGUUGCUUCCACUGGCCCAGAGGUGUCCAGGCCUGUGCCCGCCUGCAGCAGCUCCUGGAGUGGACACGGGAUGCUGGCUGUGGGGAGGCUGCCGAGUGCUUCUUCCAGAAACUUUCCUGUACACUCAACCUGCUGGCCACCCCCAGUGCCCAGCUCGUCCAGAUGAGCUGGGCAAACCUGCGGGCCGCGUUCCCUGCCCUGAGCCCGGCGCAGCUGCACCGACUGCUGACCCAGUACCAGCUGGCCUCGGCGAUGGGCCCCAUGAGCGCCUGGGAGCCGGGCGCCCAGGACAGCCCUGACGCCUUCAAGUCAGAGGACGUCCUGGAGUCCUACGAGAACCCACCCCCCAUCGUGCUGCCGAGCGAGGGCUUCCAGGUGGACCUGGACGCGGACUGCCUGGACGACGGCAUCUACCAGCACCUGCUGUACGUCCGCCACUUCCUGUGGAGCCUGCGCAAGCCCAGCCCCUGUGCGCCGGCCCAGCCCGAGGGCCAAGGUACUGGGCCGGCUCCGAGCCUGUGGCCGUGGUGGCCCCCGGGGGGGCACAGGCACCUGGAAGCGGGCGGCCGCUGCGCCUGUGCCCUGGCCUUCUCGCGCCCAGGCGGCGGGUGCAGAAGGCUGGUCCCCCCGCUCUGACCUCGCUGCCCUCCCUCCCCAGGGCCGAUCCUCCAUCCCUGAAGGGCCCCUGGAGGCUGGCCGUGGGUGCGUGGGGGUUCCCAGGCUGGCCCCCUGCACUCGGACCCCUCGUACCUGCUCACGCCUCCCAGCACGCCCCUCGACCUGGAGCCAGGUGGCGCCGACUGGCCGGAACCUCGCGGCACAUGUGGGAACGCCGCCCUCGAAGGCAGGAGGGGCAGCCCCCGGGGCACAACUCCGGAAGGAGACGGUGCAGCCCCCCUGGAGGAGCCCCCUCCGGCCCCCUCCAGCGUCACCUCCAGCACCGAGGACUCCUGCUCCGUCUUCGUGGUGGAGCUGCAGCGCGGCCCCUCGGGGCUGGGGAUGGGCCUGAUCGAUGGCAUGCACACACCGCUGGGCGUCCCGGGGCUCUACAUCCAGACCCUGCUUCCGGGCAGCCCGGCUGCGGCCCAUGGCCGGCUCUCACUGGGAGACCGCAUCCUGGAGGUGAACGGCAGCAGCCUGACCGGCGUCAGCUACCUGAGAGCCGUGGACCUGAUCCGACACGGGGGGAAGAAGAUGCGCUUCCUGGUUGCCAAGUCUGACGUGGAAACAGCCAAGAAACUCCGCUUCCGCACGCCCCCUCCCUAGGGCGCCCCGCGCAGCUGCCCCUGUGCAUAGUGUACAUCUUAGUGUAUAUUUUAUUUAUAUGACAGAUAACACUAAGUUGUGGUGUUUGUUACAGAGCUUUUACGUUUGAAGAUUUCGCGGGAGAAGUCUAGAUUAAUAAACUAUCUUUCAUAAGCUUAGUGAGAGUGGUGCCUGGACAGGUGGGGGCUGCACAGGGUCUCCCAGGGGGUGCAGGAGAACAUGGGGCCAUGGUGCUGGCUGUGGGUUUUAGCUGCCUCUCUUUUGCCCUCCUCCCAAACAGGGAGCAGGGGCCACCCCGGGAAAGGGGUUAGGGCCAUCUGCCCUUGGCAACCACGGGCUGGAAGUCCCAGGUUGACCACUGUCCUCGAUCUCUGCUCACUAAAGCCACACUUGCCCCUACCCGGGCCCCUCAUCUGUGACCACUGCCUCUUCCCCUUGGCCGUGGUCCCCUGACCCUGGCAGGAGGCCUGUCCCUUCUGCACAGUGGCUGACCCCAUGGGGGACAAAAACGGGGGUGGGGAGCUUGGUCAGGGCAUCGCACACGCCGCCCUCCUCAUGCACCCAGCCGUGGCCUCUUUAACAGAAAGACCCUGGGGACGACGGGUCCCCCGGUAUGAAGUGUGUGUGUGGGGGGUAUGAAGUGUCGGGGCGCAGGGCCCCAGCUUCGCGGUGCCCCAGGUGGGCCUCAGCGCCAGGCCUCUCGCAGCCCCGCACUGCCCCCUGGUGAGCUCAGGCGGGAGCGCACCGUGGCCCAAUCCUGGUGCCCCGGCUCAAGGCGGCACCAGAUUCCACCUGCUGCCCACUGCCAAGUUACCGAAAUGCUGAAUGGGAUUUAUUUUCAAAAGUAAUUUUAAAUGUAUGUCUGAACCCGACAAAAAGAAAUCCUUAGAUCCCUAAAUCAAAAUGAGGGCGUACGUCAGUCACCCUGGCUGGAAGCAAACCCUGAGCACGAAUCGCCAGGGCCAAGCAGGGUGGGCGGGCGGCUGCGCUGGCAAGGAGCGUGGUCUGAGCGCCGGAACCCGGGGGCGCGCGGGCU